CCCUUCCUCGCCCAGCAGCAUGGUGUUAAGUUUAGAGCCGGUGGAACCAAACUUGCAAGUUUUGUUUCAAAUCUGGACUGAGCGGGCAGAGUGUUUUCCGUCUUAGACAGGGAAGAAAACAAGAGAGAUCAAGCAGACAGAACAACAGAGGUAAAGAAGAUAAAUAGGACCUACAAGUAGCACCCUCAAACCACCCACUGAAAGACUGAGGUGCUACCAGUUGAUUCAGCGGGCCAUGGAUUGAAAAUAUUUGACGAAAAAAGAUUCAAGUUCAAGAACCCCCAAAGAAAAAUUUCUUGUUGCUGGCAGAAACUAUGCCGUCGUUAAAGAUAGUUGGGUCUGGUCACAUCGAAGUGGAAGCUAACCUGUCAAAAUGUCAGAGUGGAGAUAAGAACAAGUUGUUUGCUUAUGGCGAGAUCGUGUCUUUAAAGUAUACUCAUCCGUUCAGAUUUUUGGCUCCUGAAAACUGCACUGGAAGCCCUUGUCGAUGGAUUUACCCUGUGACCUUUGGUGGCGGCCUUGUAGGAGGCGACAAAGUCACAGCUCAGGUCAAGGUUGGAGCUGGCUGUGCUGUAGUCGUAAGCAGUCAAGAAUCAACAAAAGUGUACCAUUGUCAAGAAAGCGGUGAGACCUCGCAGAGCCUUCAUUACUCUGUGGGAAAUGAAAGCCUUCUGUGUGUACUGAGUGACCCUGUGGUGUGCUACAAAGGUGCCAACUUCAGACAGGCGCAGGUUGUUGAUUUGUGUGCCGCUUCAAACUUGGUGUUCCUAGAUUGGAUGCUGAGUGGGCGGACUGCACUAGAAGAGCACUGGGCUUUUCAGAGGUAUUUCAAUAAGAUUGAGGUACAGAUGAAAGGUGAGGUGGUACUGAGGGAAUGCUGCCACCUUGAGGACUCUCCACUCCAGACUAAGUGCAAAACUUUGAAAGACUUUCAAGUAUGUGGGACCUGCAUCGUCCUGGGUGAUUAUGUCUCAUUUCUGUCCAGGAGCUUGCAAAACAAAUAUGGAAGGAAAAAAGAUAUUGGUGACAAGCUAGAUAAGGGACUGAUUGUUAGUGUAAGCCAGGUCACAUACACCGUGGAGGGGGAGACCAUCAACGGCUGCUACCUACGAUUUCUGGCACAGACCAUGUCUCAGGCGUCUACAGUGAUCAAAGACAUAUGUGAGCCUCUGAUCCCCAUCCUAGGAGCAGAUCCAUUUGAGAGGAAACUUUGAAGGCCACAAAAGUUACACCAUCCAGCUGAGUCAGAGACCCCUUGUCGACUGUUUAUUGUAAGAUUCCACCAUGUGCCACUUUGAAAAGUGAAGCAUGACACAGUCUUACACUGAGUUGUCUGUUUGCUUAUUUAACACUUUGUAGUCACACAGCCAGUAGUACGAAAUACCCCAUCUGGUCACCCAGUCUGGAGAGUGACUGCAACAGACUUCUCGGGCCUGUCGCAGAACUUCUUCAAGUGGACAGAACGGAUAAUUUUCACGGUCGCGUUAUUGCUGCAGGUGACUACAGAGUGUUAAGGAGGCUACUCUUGCCAGCUGUUCCAAAGACGUUAUUGCAUUAAGCUUUCACCUCUGAUAUUUUUCCAGUUAUUCUUUAAGGGACAUCUGAUAAUGGUUACUUUCUCAUGCUUACAGUAGAAGUGAGUUCUGCAGUCAGAAUUGCUUAUCUUUGAAGGGUAAACUCUAUCUAGCUUUAUUCAAAGAUGCUGAAAUUUACAGGUCUCUAGAGAGUAGGAAAGAGUAGAAAUUGAAUCUUUUUCUCCUUCAGGUGUCAGGUCUGGAACAGACAUUGACAUUCAUGGUACCUCACUCCUACCUUUCAUUUUUUUGUUUGUCGCAAAGUUGUUCAGACCAUCUGUAUAUUGUUGUUCCCUGUCUUCCUCUGCUUUUCCUUCCCUCUAUCUUUCCACUCAGCAGCUUUUUCUCAAGUAAAUUUGAUCUGAAUAAGAUCAGAAAUUUUAUGACACUAAUGUGGCACAUUUAAAAAAUGCAAAUGGGUGUAAAAGCUAUAAAAAGUGCUCUUAAGUGACUAUUUUUAUUUGCAGUAUGGUGAAUUCACUGAUAUAGCAUUCUGUAUUAUACAUAAGUGUUGUGCCAUAUGUAGUUUUAUAUUUAAAUAGUGUGAUGUAUCCAAAGAGUAUUUACCAGGGCCCUUGAAUACAGAUUGUCUCUUGCAUGAAGAUCUGUGGGAAAAAUUCCUGCCUUUGAAAGUAUCUCUUUUUGUCUGUAAAUGCAUAACACUGUUAAAGAAACAAAAGUGAAAUGUCUUACACUCCAAUAGAGUCAUUGUGAACUGUGAACUGGCAGUGUCAACGUUCAAUCUCUAUAGUAUAGAAAUUUGCCUGCUUCAAACAAGAAAGAAAACCUUUUGGACUGAGGCUCUGGCCAGAACCAGUGGGAAAAAUGACUUUUAAUAUAAUGAAAUGGAACUUUGUAAAUAAGUUAUUUGUAUCAGCAUUUUUAAAACUCAUAUUUUGUGCAUGAUAUUCAAUGUUUUACUCAGUUUUUAUCAUAAGUAUGUGCAGUGUACUCUACUUUUAUAAACAAGGGCUGAAUAUGAAUUUUUAUAUGUCAUUUAUUCCAGACUGUGAUUUUAUUACCUGAAUAUAGCUAAGAUCCAUCCUUUGUUGUUACUGUUGUUGUUAAUCUAGUAGCCUUUCGUAAGAUGCAUUCUUUUAAAGGAAGCAAUAAUUGAUGUUGAUUAACAAUUCUGUAACUUAUUUCAAAGAGUAACGAUAGCAAAACUUUGGCUGCAUGUAUUUCCAGGUAUAGCCUCUAAGAAAUUGCUUAUCAUUUUCGUAGGGCCCAAAUUAAUAAAUAGAUAGCAUUCUUUGACUUUGAUAACUCAAGCUGCAAUUUAUUGUGGCUACAGGGAGACAACUUAACAGAAAUUUGUAUGCUGUAUUACUAGCAAAUUUUAAUUGUUUUUUAAAGACUCUUGAAGGGUCUAAAAUGCUCUCCAAGCUUCAGGAAAUCUUGCUUUGGACAGUUUUUUAAGACAUAUUUUGUGUUUGCUCCUUAAGUGCGAGAUUAUAAAGUAAUGAUCUGGGCAGUAUUACUUAAUCUGCCCCCCCUCCCCCAGGAUAUAUUUAACAUAAGAUGGAGGUUUCACUAUGUGCAUGAUUGUGCACUUUACUGUACUGCCUCGUAAGCUGACAAAGUGCCUUUUUUAAUUUUUGGCGCCAAAUUUUGUUAUUUGCUAGAUCAAAAACCUGAUCAGUUACCCUACUUGUGUGCAGAAAAUCAAAGUGAAACUGUGACUAUUUUUUUAUAGAUUAGAAUUCAAAUUUUGAAGGGCCACCUUUUUUCAAUGGCUUCGCUGACAAUAAUAAUAAUAAUAAUUGCAUUUAUAUAGCGCAUAUCCAUGCUCAAUGCGUUUUACAACUAUUAUUAC